GCGAAGGUAGACGGAACUUCCUGUUCUCGCGGUACCUACAGGCGGGAGUGCCACGUCCAAGCAAAAAGGGAAAGGACUGGAUCCCGGAGCCGAGUGAUGGCCAGGGGCCUGAGGGCCCCCCACUGGGUGGCCGUGGGACUGCUGACCUGGGCGGCCUUGGGGCUGCUGGUGGCCGGACACGGGGGUCAUGGCGACCUGCACGAGGACCUGCACGAGGACUUCCAUGGGCAUGGCCACAGGCAUUCACAUGAGGAUUUCCACCUUGGACACAGCCAUGCCCAUGGCCAUGGCCACACUCACGAGAGCAUCUGGCAUGGACAUACCCACGGUCACGACCAGGGACAUUCACAUGAGGAUCUGCACCAUGGCCAUAGCCAUAGCCAUAGCCAUGGCCACUCCCAUGAGAGCCUCUACCACAGAGAACAUGGACAUGACCAUGAGCAUAGCCAUGGAGGCUAUGGGGAGUCUGGGGCUCCAGGCAUCAAGCAGGACCUGGACACUGUCACUCUUUGGGCCUAUGCACUGGGAGCCACAGUGCUGAUCUCUGCAGCUCCAUUUUUCGUUCUCUUCCUUAUCCCUGUGGAGUCAAACUCCCCCCGGCACCGCUCUCUGCUCCAGAUCUUGCUCAGUUUUGCUUCAGGGGGGCUCCUGGGAGAUGCCUUCCUGCACCUCAUUCCUCAUGCCCUGGAGCCUCAUUCUCACCACCCUGUGGAGCAAAGAGGACAUGGACACUCCCAUAAUAACCAGGGCCCCAUUCUCUCUGUGGGGCUGUGGGUCCUCAGUGGAAUUGUCGCGUUUCUUGUGGUGGAGAAAUUUGUCAGGCAUGUAAAAGGAGGACAUGGACAUAGCCACGGACAUGGACACUCUCAUGGUCACACACGUGGAAGUCAUGGACAUGGAAGACAGGAACAUUCUUCAAAGGAGAAGCAGAACUCAGAGGAAGAAGAAAGGGAAACAGGGGGAGCGAGAAAGAGGAAAGGAGGUAGCACAGGGCCCAAAGAUGGGCCAGUGAGACCGCAGAAUCCUGAAGAGGAAACAGUGGGCUCAGACCUGCGUGUGUCAGGGUACCUGAAUCUGGCUGCUGAUCUGGCACAUAAUUUCACGGAUGGUCUGGCAAUUGGUGCUUCAUUUCGAGGGGGCCGGGGGCUAGGGAUCCUGACCACAAUGACAGUCCUGCUACAUGAAGUACCCCAUGAGGUCGGGGAUUUUGCCAUCUUGGUCCAGUCUGGCUGCAGCAAAAAGCAGGCGAUGCGUCUACAGCUGCUGACGGCAAUAGGGGCACUGGCAGGCACAGCCUGUGCCCUCCUAGCUGAAGGCGGGGCAGUGGGCAGUGAAGUUGCAGAUGGUGCAGGUCCUGGGUGGGUCCUGCCAUUCACUGCAGGUGGCUUCAUCUACGUAGCAACAGUGUCUGUGUUGCCUGAGCUGUUGAGGGAGGCCUCACCAUUGCAGUCACUUCUGGAGGUGCUGGGGCUGCUGGGGGGAGUUGUCAUGAUGGUACUGAUUGCCCACCUCGAGUGAGAGGUGGGAUAAACCACCCCUGUCCCAAACCUCUAGCCCCUAGAUCCAGAUCGGGGUCUGUGGAGGUUGAGAGCCCUUGCCAGGGACAUCUGCCAAAGGAAAGAGUUGUAGCCUAGAGUAGUGCUGGCUUUAGCACUGUGGUCAUCAAAGGUUUGGCAGUCUUCCCGGGGUGGUAGAGAUGGGAAUGAGAGGCCAGAGGGGCCAUGGUAUUGGCACAGGCUGAACAUGUAGGGUUUAGGGGGCCAAGAGGAGGUGUGAAGAAGGCUGGAAGGGAGCGACGUUAUGGCAGCCUACCCAGUGUCCCCUACCCCAUCUGUUUUCAAAGGACCAAGCUGCCACACACAGGCUUCAACCAUGUCUGCCUCCCUCUCAUCAGUUAGUGGAGGCUUGAGAGAACAGAGCCCUGUACAGAGCGGGUAGCAGGAGGAGUCAGGGAUAAACAUCAAUCGUGUGUGUCCUGAUUUGGGGGGGUGGGGGGCUUGGGAGAGGAGAGUGUUAGUUGCUAGUCUCAUGGCCUGAUUUUUUUGUUGUUUGUUUCUAUUCUUUUUAUAUCACUGUGUUUAAGUCGACGGGGAGGGAUGGUGACCGGAAAUAAAGUCCUAGGAUCUUAGGUCCCACA